CUGCGACGCUGUCUGAAAUCUGAAGUGAACGAGACAAGGAUACGAUGGGCCUGAUAAUAAGCUUGAUAGUGUACAUCUACGAGGAUCUCGUACGGGUUUUCUCGCCCCGAGAUGUGGUCCUAGACAACAUCAAGGAUGCCAUGACACAAGCGGACUCGUACAAGGAUUGGAAGAACGCUGCAUCCGAUUAUGACCGCCGUGUGGGGAACGAUAAAUGGCGACGAGAAGAAAAAAGUGACGAGUAUGAUUACCAACUGAUAAGGAGAAGACUGGACGCCAUACAAGAUGCGAUGGAUAAAGACGAUAUCGAGGCGCUGGUCUAUUUACUGCGAUCGGGACUGGUGCGUGGGCUGGGUGGUAUGAGUGGGGGCUCACUCCAACUGCACGCCAUGGCUGGCACGAAGGACUUGAUUGAGGAAUACAUUGAUACAAUGUGCACAGCUAUUAAACACUUGUCGCAGAUGCCAGACAAUUUCUUCGCACCCAUCACAAAGCAAAGAUUCUUCACCGAUAUGCGGCAGGCGUAUGGGCGGUCCGCACUUCUCUUGUCAGGAGGAUCGGCUUUGGGGUUGCACCACUUCGGCGUUAUCAAAUGCAUGCACGAGGCACACGUACUACCGAAGAUCAUUUGCGGAGCCUCCAUCGGAGCGCUACUGACUGGCCUGCUGGCGGUACAUACUACCGAGGAGUUGCCCCGGUUAUUCGAACCAGACGCUUUGACAUUCGAAGCCUUCGAAAGGCUCGGUCCAGGAAGCGCACGUCGGAAAAUCAAGCGGUUCUUGAAGCAUGGUCACCUCAUGGAUGUCGAUCGUCUCCAGGAGUUCUGCAUAUCGAAUAUUGGAAAUUACACAUUUCUAGAGGCAUACCACCGGACAUUCCGACCGGUGAAUAUCGCCGUGGUGGGGAAAGAACGUGAUGAAGUACCCUGGCUGCUCAACUAUCUGACAGCACCAAAUGUUCUGAUUUGGAGUGCGGCAGUAGCCUCAUGUGCAAUGCCAGGCGUGUUUGCUCCUGUGGAUAUACUGGCUAAGGAUCAUGAAGGCAACAUCGUGAAGUGGAAUCCUUCGAAGCACUACUUCUCCGACCUGUCUCUUGAGAACGACCUUCCGAUGACGCGGCUGUCUGAGUUGUUCAAUGUGAAUCAUUUCAUAGUAUCGCAAGUCAAUCCUCACGUCGUCCCUUUCCUCAACUUAUUUAUGCGCUACGAUAAAGACAAAUUCCAUUGUGUAUUUUUCUUUGAGAAGGUGAGAGACAUCGUCAUGUCUGAACUUCACCAUCUCGCGAUAAACUUUUCAAUCCUAGUACCUCGGUCCUUCAACUUCUUCCAGCAUGCUCUAUCACAAAAGUAUGUAGCGGACAUCACUAUCACGCCUGAGCUUUCGUACGAUACCGAUUUGAAGAACCUGCUACGCAACCCUUCCGAGGAUUUAUGCAGGCACUCGAUGUUAAGAGGGGAGCGCUCCACAUACAAAUAUUUACCCCAAAUUGAAAUCUGUACCAAAAUCGAAACCUGUCUAGAGGAUUGUCUACGUGAAUUUAGACACGCCAGUGAUGCACGCAAGGCGUCUAAAGAUGAUGAGCCAAGUGAGGAUACGACGUCAUUGUUAGCUAUAUCUGCGCCUUAUGACGUACCGGAGUUAGACACACAAACAGACCCCUACGCAACCCCGCGUAGGUCAAUGUAAUGAACAUAUUCGAGCAAUAGCGCCUACGACUGGCUCCCAACGAUCGCGUUUCUUUCGAGCCGAGGACUAUGUUUUUUAUGUCGCACGAAAACUAUGAAUAAAAAAUUGCUCAUCUGUGCCAAGAUCUUCGCAUGUCCUAAAUUUUCUGUUUAAUCGUGUAGAGAUUCGUGACAUCCGGUCGUAGACCUAUGAUGCGACACUCAUAGUCGCGGACGUACAGUUUUUUAUAAGUCACCAGCAUUUGUAUACACAAAAGUAUGCAACUUCAAGGGCAAGUUUCUCACUUGACAUCCUGCAAGAAGACAAAAAGCGGCACAUCAUCACUAUCCUCAGGAUUCUCCCCUCAAAUUCAAAGGCUCAGCCCGAUUUGAUUUAUCACAACGAAACUUUUUUCUUUUUACAAAUUCGAGUUUUUGGUGCACAAACGCACGUGUACUAUGAAAGACACUUGAAUGCUCUGAUGUAAAGACCAUGGGAAUACAUAUGAUAGCUUAUAACACUAUCAAGGAAAUUUCAGAAUCCAUCGUGCACACAUUUGAUUUGAAUUUCGUGAAACAUUAACAUAGAUGACUUUCAUCAGUGACUGAAAGACGCGUAACACUACUUUAAUAGGUGCUAGCUCAAGUUACAAAUAUUUUCUGAAUGAUUAGAAAGUAUUUACAUGAAUUUUUUUCAGGUUUAUAUGCAAGUGUCUGUACUUGCAUGCAUGCAAUCGUUAACGCGUGUUGACAACGAUUCUUAACGCAUAUUGAUGUGUUAGGUUUGCUUAUUUGUGUCUAUUUGUGUAUAUGUAUUGAUCAAAAAUCAUUCGAAUAUAGUAUUCGUGUAUAUGAAAAUGUAUCUACAGACAUAAAAUUACUUUAAAAAAGUGUGUACACGAAUAUAAACAUACACAUUUUAAAUAUGUAAAUACACAACUAUCGCGGCGAAAGCUCUGUAGUCGAGCUAAUUUGACCUACAGUCACA